CAGCAAUUUCCAUGCCCUCCAAAUUCUGUCCUAUUCUGGAAUUUUUUGGCCCUACAAAACAAAAAUAAAAAAUCCCUAGAAAAAAAAAAAAUUGAUGAGAAAAAUAGCAAAUUUCCAUAUAACCCAACCACUGGUAUCUUCUUCCUCUCUCUCGGAUUAGAAAAUUACAGGAAAUUCGAGAAAAGGGUUUUUCCUUUUCUCGAUUCCACCCUUUUUUCCUCUUUGCCUGGAGGAACCUUCGCAUGUUUUUCUGCUAGUACCUGUAUCUGUGUGCGUAUAUACGUAUUUUGUUUCUUGUAUCUCGUGUUUAAUAUAUACAGAGAUGGAUGUGACUUCCCAAUCAGCUGUUGAAUCCGACGGCAGCGGCGCCGUCGCCGAGCGGACGGAUGCUCCGCCGGCUUACGUCUCGAUGGUGGAUCCGUUUUUGGUGGAGGCCCUUCAGAACCCUCGUCAUCGGUUGACAAUUUUGCGUAUGGAGCUCGAUAUCCAGAAAUUCCUUCAAAACUCUAAUUUACAUCAAUUUGAGUUUCCACACUUUCCUACUUCGUACCUCCGUCUUGCAGCCCACCGAGUUUCUCAACAUUAUGGUCUACAAACUAUGGUUCAGGACUGCUCUGUGGAUGGCCAGGGUAUUCGGAUUUUGGUCAUAAAAAACCCCGAGAGCAAAUUUCCCGCCUUUUGCCUGUCGAACGUGCCAGCUAAUGAAUCUGAAACUGACAAACUUGACAAAAUCAAGAUUGUCCUAAAGCCAAGGCCCAAAGCUUCUUUAACCGAUUCCAGUGAACUGGGGCAUAACAAUCGCAGUCCAGCGAGAUCGGUUGAGGAGAGGAAGGAGGAUUACGACAAAGCCCGGGCCCGCAUAUUUAGUAGCUCCGAAUUAGGAGAGUUGUCGGGCCAAGUUGUUUCUGAUGGAAGGAAUUUGAAUGCCAAUGAGGAUGAAGUUUCUAGAAGCUUUGGUGUGGAUGGGGAGAAAAGCAUCAGGGAAAUAGGUAGUAGUUCUUCUAGGGUAGCGAUUUUUAGGGACAGGGAAAAAGACCGAACAGACCCUGAUUAUGACCGCAGUUAUGACAGAUAUGUCAAGAGCAUGCCAAACAUGCAGAGUUUCAACCCAACACCAUUUAAUGCUCCCAGUUUCCAGUCUCCACUUGUUCACUAUGACUCGUUUUUUCCUCAGUUGGGCCAGAUGCAUGGGCCUCAACCUUCUCUCAAUUACAAUAGCCCUGUAAUGAGCCCGUACUGUGCCGUGGGCUUCAAUCAGACUUCCAGGGAUCCAUUGUAUGUGCAGUGGCCCACUCAGUCCAUGAUGUAUGCCCAAUCAUAUGAUCAUUUAAGGCAUGGCUACUUUCAGGCUCCAUUCUGUCAGCAGCCGCUCAGUUUUGAUUACUCACAGAACCAACGGUGAUUUUGGGAAGUUAUAGCUUGUGAGAAUGUGUGUUUUGUUUUAGGAAUUCUUCGUAUUAGGUUAAUCUAGUUGAAGACAGUUGGAACUUGGUCUUGUGAUUUGUUCGGUUUUGUUGCUGUUUUUUCUGACUAUUUUUGUAAACUUGUUUGGAGACCUACUAAUUACAUAUGCUAGUGACAAUCAGGCAGUGUUUGUUUGAAAGGAGACUGGGGAUUUAUAUGCAUGUUUGCAGUUUGUCAAUUUAUGUUUAUGUCAGUAAUAAGAAGUUACUAUUUAACAGUUUUUAUUUUUAUUUUGUUUGUUCCUUAUGUUUUUAAUUACACAUAUAAGUGUUAGUCA